AUGGAGUCGCUUCCCCGCGAGCUGAUCGAUGCGAUCCUCCGGCAAUGCGUCGCUUUAUCACCCCGAAAUCACAUCCUGGACCUGCGUCUCGUAUGCAGGGCCUUCGACCGCUUCCUAAAGCCCUUCGCAUUGAGGACAAUCGCCCUCGAAUUCAGCCGUCUCAGCAAGAACAGCCGGCGGCGGCAGCCGGAUAUCGAUUCUCUUCAGACAAUUGGAUACCACUGCAAGUCCAUGUACAUUGACUUGAUGGUAUUGCGCGAUGAGUUGGAAGUAGAAUUUCUGUCAACCAUCUUCGAUCGAAUACCCUCGAUGAAGCACUUCGUCCAGACACUCCAACGCCAGUACUGCAUGUCACCUGCUAGCUUCACAACGCUGGACUACCGUCAUACCCUCGAAUCAAUACUAUUCAACUGCCAAUUUGUUUCCUCACUACGCCUGAACCUCCCCUUUCAGCUCGUCGGCCACCGCUGCAAUGCUGCAACAAUGAUUCUCGCGAACACCUUCUCCGCCUUCUCCCGCCGCCCGGAGGACUCUCUUUCACUCAAAACACUUGUGCUGGAGAACGUGUCUGACCAAGCUAUUGUCGACCUAUGGACCAACCCGUCCGAUGUCCUUGCCAUCAUGCGCGCCAUCCUCCAACUCGAGCACCUAGUAAUAUCCUUCCGUCGUCAUGAAGUCGAUCCUCCACGCGUGGCCUUUUACGGUACUUGUCUAUGGGAUCUAAUCCACAAUGCUGAGGUUCUACAGACCCUUUGUCUGUCCGGCACCGACGACGACCGUCCACCCAGAGGCCUCAAGCAAACAAAAGCCUGGAACAUGACGAUAGACGAGUGGAGGGCCCGCGCGCUUCCCUCUCCACCGAUAACGCUUCCAUGCCUGACGGCCCUCGAACUGAAGCGCGUCGAAAUCACACCGGAUGUCCUUCGAUGCGCCGCACGCAACUUUGGCCAGACCCUACGCGAGCUGUACCUCAAUGAGGUCUAUCUGAAAGCGGAACAGGGUCAUAACCUCAACGAAGACUCAAAGGAAAUCCUAUGGGUUGGUCUGCCGAAUCAGCGGCCUGGUCUCCACGAUGACUGGAUGGCCAUGAUCAUCCGGGAGUCGUGCCCGAAGCUCCAGACGUGCCGUGCUUCAUUCCUCGGCUACGACCUAUACACCCGUGACGAUCUGCCUCCGUCACCCGCGCCCUCAUCCCCCGAUUUCGACUUCAUUGACCCCUGCGGGCUCGGCCGCUCCAUCGCGCAGCGCUUCGUCGAAGUGGCACUGGGCUACUACCAGCCGCCGCAGUCGGACGGCUCACCCGUGUCCUACCUGCCGGCUCUGGCCUCCAACGACUACCUCCUCACUCAGAUGCGGCCUAGAACACGCGCGUUGCGGGUCACAGAGUACGACGUUAAUGCCUACCAGACGGCGGUGCGGAACUCCACGAGCGGUUGGCAACGCAGCAUCGACGGCGUUUUCCCCAACUGCAAUAGCGGCACCCUCGAAGAACUUCACUACAUUGCCGAGACUGCUUGCCAGGGCAUGAAUGAGAUCCAGAGGCAGCGCAAUGAGCACGCCGGCCAAGGGGAAGGGGGCGAAGGCGGAGCCGGUGAUGGCGAGAAUGGUGGCGGCGGCGGAGGAAACCUGGCAGAGAAUCUGCUGAAUCUGAACUUUGCAGAGGAGUGA